UCUACAUUUAUUCUUAUUUGAUGAAGCAGGCACAAAGCAAAGAUUCUCUACAUUCUGCAAUCUCCGAAGCUACAAACAAUGAAAAUUUCAAAUUAGGCGACCAAGUUAAAAUGAAGACUGGUGGCCGUGCCGGUGUAGUUGCUUUUGUUGGGCCAACAGAUUUCCAAUCUGGAAUUUGGAUUGGUGUUAUUUUGGAAAGACCUGAAGGAAAAAAUAAUGGAAGUGUUGAUGGACGGGUUUAUUUCAAGUGUCAAGAUAAAUUUGGAGUUUUUUGUCGUCCUAAUAACUUAAUUAAAUUAAAUAAUCAGUCGGCAAUACAAUCUCCAUUAGCUCAAAGAUCACAACAACAUCGAAGAGUCCCAUCACCAACAAAUUCAAUUGCAAGUUCUUUCGCUCCUUCAAUUGCUGCCUCACAAGUUGGAGGAUUACGAGAUCAUUCACCUUUUGCGAUAGAAUAUGGUUAUGAUAUUGGUGAUCGAGUAAAUACAAAUGAUGGACGCUGCGGAAAAAUAAAAUUUUUAAAUACAAUUAAUGGACAAGUAUAUGCUGGUAUUUUGUUAGAUAAACCUGUUGGUAAUUCUAGUGGGGAAUUUAAUAGUAUUCAAUAUUUCAAAUGUUAUCCAAAAUAUGCUGUUUUUCUUCCUGCUGAUCAAGUGAAACGGGCAACUCGUACAGAAUCUGCUCUUCCACCCAAAAUUGCCCCAAAACAAACAACAGCUUCAAAAUUAAGAUUAGAAAGACGUGGGGGAUUGGAUGGAUAUACAAAUGCUGGUGCUAGUUCUUGGCGAGGAAGCAUGGAAUCAUUGGAUAGCGCAAUAUCCCCAAGAUCGCCAAAAUCUCCUCCGCCAAAAUAUGGUGGAACUAUGAAACAAUCGAGUUUUUCUAAAGAUAAUGAAGUUAUUGCUGGCUUAAAGAAAUGUUUGCAAGAAAAAGAAGCUCAUUUAACUAAAUUAUCAUAUGAAAUGGAGGAGCGUCGUUGUGAUUCUGAGCGUUUGGCCCAAGAAAAUAAAAGUUUAAAAUUGCGGAUUGGAGAAUUAGAUUUUAAUCUUCAAGAAUUAUCGCGUGAAAGAUCAGAACUUCGAUCAUCUAUUGCCGCAAAUGAAAAGAAGCUUGAAGAUUUGUCUUUUUGUUAUACGGAAAGUGAAGUGCAAAGAGGAGAAUUGGAGCAUAAAUUAAAUGAAUUGAAAAGUAUGCCUACAUUAUUUGAAAAAGAGGAGGGAAUGUAUUUAGAUGUAGAAAAUAGUAGAGGCCCUUCAAUUUCUGCUUUAAUUGACUCUCAAUUAUUACUUCCGCUUGAUGAGUUCAAUAAAGAUGAUGAAAUAACUUUCGUUGAGGUUGACGUUCAAACUGAAAAUGAACAACAAAUUUUAAAAAAGAAUAAUCAAAAUUUUGGUACUCAAACAGAGAAUAUUUUUGAUUGUAAAGAUUUUGGAAUGCAAGUAGAUUGUGUUGAUGAUAUGUUGGAAAAGGGAGCAAAGGAUGACAUUAUUGAAGGAGGUUUGACAAAAAUAUUCGAAGAAAUUGGAGUUCAAACAGAAGAAGAACAAAUUAUUAAAGAAGAGAAAAAAUUAUUUGAAAAUAAUUUUACUCAAACUGAAGAAAAGAAAAUGAUAAAUUCUGAAAAUCAAACGGAUAAAAAGUUGGAGAAGGACUCAGCAAAUCAAACUGAUGAGAAAUUGUUGAAGGAUUCUGCCAAUCAGACUGAUAAAAUAUCAUUACAGGAUUCAGCAUUUCAAACGGAGGAGGAAGUUUCUAGGAUUUUUAAACAAAAUUGUGUUAAUUCAAUUGCUCAAACACUCGCAACGACUAUUUUAAAUAAAGAAGAGGGAAUUCAAACACUUCCUGUACUACCUCCAAAAAUUCAAAGUAUCAGUUCUCAAACUGAAGAGCUUAAACAAAUACCUGUUUUCGUUCAUUUUAUCGAAUCUGCAGUUCAGACUGAUUUUAUGUUGCCUAGUCCUGAUUCAUUCGAGGCAAAUACUCUUAACAAUUCUACUUGCAAGACUAACGCAACACCUCCUCGGAAUUCUUCAUUUUCAUCAACUAACGAGGUUUUAGAAUUAAAUGUUACGCAACUUCCAUUCAACGAUAUAUUUUCAACGCCAGCAAGUUCAGAUGAACAAAAACUUUGUUCACCAAAUACUUUACAUAAAAAGCUUAAAGAAAAAUGUCAAGAUGUUGACCGUUUAGAACAACAAAAUUCCUUUUUAAAUAAAAUAAUUGCUGAUCAACAAAUGGCUAUUGAACAAAUGAAGAAAAUGUCUAUUGGAGGAAUUGGAGGAGAAUCGAAAAAUAAUAAUGGAAAUGGAAGUAAUAAUAUUGAAAGUUGUAUUGGUGGGAAUCUUAUAAGGAAUCAUACAAAUAAACAGCAACAACCACAAAGAAGAUGUCGUCUUUACUGCGAAUAUUGUGAACGUUUUGAUUGUCAUCCAACAGAUGAAUGUCCGAUUGAGGAAGCAAGAAGGCAGGAAAAACUUGCUCAUAUUGUCUUUUCCCCAAAUAGAAACAAGAAAUGA